UUUGUAAGUGCUCUCCUUGGGGUCGUAACAUCGUCGUCUGUCCAUAAAAAUGUUGCGCAGAAAGCGACGCUCCUCUGUGGAUAAAGGAGAGGGAGCUCCUAAAACCACCAAGGCAAAGAAGAGCCGCAGCACUGGUCGCCAACCAAAGGAACCUGCUCCAGAAGUGACAAAUGAAAGUGUGUUUGCUGUCUUUCUCCGAGAAGCAGGUGUCACCUUGAAACAAGAUGGCACAUCCAAUGAGAUUGCUGUCGACCAAGUAGUUUUCCAAAAAAGGAUCCAGAAGCAACUAAAAAAGAGUCCCAGGUACCCCGGGAUUGUACAGGAAUUCACCACUGGACUGGAGUCUCAUAUUGAGGACCCUGAGCAGUUCAGGAACUGCCUUCUUCCGUGUGUCCCACGAUUGUCUGAUGGAGACUCCAGUCGUGUCAGCUCAUUCCAAGAAAGUCUGCUCCGCAUGCUGUUGGGGAUUGAGAUGCUGCAGACUUUAGUCAUUAACCUUUUGCUUGAGAAGCUCCCUGAAUUUAUGCUUGAUGGCGCUGGAGAUGGAGGUCUCAGUAUUCCUCACACAAUUAUUAACCAGCUGAAGUGGCUAGACCGAGUUGUGGACAGCAAGGAGUUGGCAGUGAAGCUCAUGGAGCUGGUGUCGGUAGCACCGGUGGAAGUUCAGCAUGACAUCAUCACCAGUCUGCCAGAGAUACUGGAAGACUCCCAGCACAAUGAUAUAGCCAGAGAGCUCAACUCUUUACUCCAGGAGAACACUCAACUGACUGUCCCGAUCCUGGAUGCCCUUUCCAGUCUGAACCUCAGCUCCUCAUUACUUACAGAGGUCCGUGGAGCCGUUAUGGCCACUCUGGCUGCCGUGCAGCUGGAGGAUCUACCUGUGGUGGUCAAGUUCAUCCUGCACUCUGUCUCAGCCUCUGAUGCUUAUGAGGUGGUGUGUGACCUUCGUAAAAAGCUGGAGUUGGAGCAGUGUAUUCUUCCUCCUGGGCUGCAGGCCUCCCAAAAUCUCUUGAAGAGCAAAGGAUCAGCAGCGUCCUCUUCCGCACCAGCAGCUGGCAGCAGUCAGGACUGUGUUACAUUGACACUGGACGGCAUCAAGUCAGCAGUGCGAUUCCAGAAAACAGUAUCUGAGGCUUGGCUCAAGGCAAUAGAAUCAGUGGACGAAGAGGAGAACCAUAAGGUAAUAGAUCUGCUGGUGCUGCUCAUCCUCCACUCCACCAAUGCCAACCAGAGCCGGCGGGGGGCAGAGAGGCUGCUGAAGGUGAAAGUGAGGACAGGACUGAUCCAGGAGGCUCUGCUCCAGAGGACCUUCAGGGACUAUGCUCAGGUCAUGCGAGGGUACUUCACCUCCAUCCUGGCCCUGGCUCAGAGUUUGCUGCGCUCCCCCGACCCUUGUGUGGUGCCUUUUGGUGGACACAUGUACCGACACUCAUUCACCGCUUUUGACUCUUACUGCCAGCAGGAGGUGGUGGGCUCUUUAGUGACCCAUGUGUGCAGUGGUGUAGGUGGGGAGGUGGACAUGGCUCUGGAGCUACUCUGCAGCCUGGUCACAGAAAAGCCCUCAGAGAUGGCUCUGUAUGCCGUCUUUGUCAAGGGAAUCUUGGACUACAUGGACAACCUCACACCCCAGCAGAUCCGCAGACUCUUUCACCUCCUGAGCCGACUGGCCUUUGGGCAACAGCAGCAGGGAGCUCACAUUCAGGAUGACAUGCACAUAGUGAUCCGAAAACAGCUGUCCAGCACUGUGCCCAAGUACAAGCGCAUUGGCAUCAUUGGUGCUAUCAUGAUUGUAGGCAGCAUGGGGGCCUCCAGGCCCAAAGUGAAGGAGUCACAGAAAGGGGUGUUACCUCAGGAGAUGCUCAGACAGGUGACCGCCCUGUUGGAGCUGGUGAAGUCCAGCAGUGAAAGCUCACCUGAGGCUGCAGCUCUGUACUAUGAUGAACUAGCCAACUUGAUCCUGAGCUCUACCCUGGACCCACAGGUGCAGGAAACGAUCGGACAGAGCGCCUUACAAGACUUCCAGGAUGACUUUGCAGUUGAUCUAGGCCCAGAUAUAUCUGGCUCCUUUCUCUUCAAGCCCCAUGUAAUGUACAACCUGUAUGAAGGUAACGUAGCCAUCGCCAUCAAUCUGCUGCCUCUACUGGCUAAUGAUGUUCAGAACAAAGGAGAUCAGCAGAGUCAAGUCGACAAGGCACACAAGGGCAGGCGAGUGUCUCCUCUCUGCCUGGCUCCGUUUUUCCGCCUCCUGAGACUCUGUGAGGAGAAACAGAACCAGGGAGACCUGGAGGAGAUUGACGCACUGCUGGGCUGCCCUCUGAUCCUGACAGACAUGGACGUGGUAGAGAAAAUGGAGAGCCUGUCGAAAGCCGAGAGGGAGUUCCUAUGUACUUUGCUGUUUCACACCAUCAACUGGUUCAGAGAGGUCGUAAACGCAUUCUGUACACAAAAAGAAACAGAGAGUAAGAUGAAAGUGAUGACCCGUCUGCAGAACAUCACCUACCUUCAGACACUGUUAGAGAGGGCUUUGGCUGGGACACCUGGCUAUGUUCCACCUGUUGCCAACUUUGAUGGAGAAAGCACAGAUGGGGUUACACUUAGUUCUGCCGCUCUUGUCAGUAAGGCAAAGAAAGAUGGCACAGGAAAGAAGAGGAAGGCCCCUGCAAAGGACUCCUCAGAGAUCUCUCAGCUUGAUGAGUCGACCGAAGCAGACAAAACUCAGCAGGAGCAACCAGAGAAGGAGAAAGAAAAGGAGAUCCGCCAAGGAGUUAGUCUGGCGUCCUACAGACCGUUUUUUAGGGAGCUGGAUAUGGAGGUGCUCAGCGUGCUGCAGUGUGGCCUGCUGUCCCGCUCACUGCUGGACUCUGAGCUCCACACCAAGGUGCGAGAGGAGGUUCUGCUGGGUCCUGCUGAGCUGGUGUUCCUGCUGGAGGAUAUGCUCCGCAAACUGGAGUUCAGUCUUACAGCUGCCCCGGCCAAGAGACUCCCUUUCCUCAAGGCAAAGGCGGAUAAGAGCACGGGCUUCUCCCAUCUGCAACAGAGGAGCUCCAAGGAUAUCGCUUCCUGCUGUGUCCAGCUGCUGCCCGCCCUCUGUACACACCUGGAGAACUGCCACAACCAUUUUCAGACACUGUUGUCUGAGAACAACGGCAUCGUGGACGGCCCUGCCACAGAUGUUCAAGAGUACCAGCUGAUGUCAUCAGCCUACCAGCUGCUCCUGCAGGUCCUGAACACCACCUUCAGCUGGUCUGGAUUCAGUCAGCUGGGGCAGCGGAGCUUACUGAAGAAGGCUCUGGGAGUUUUGGCCAACAGACUGAAAGAAGGAAGUGCUGAGUUAACCCUGGAGCAGCUUGUAAAACACGGCUUUGAGUACCUGGUGAACUUCCGCAGCACGAUGCCAAAUCUGAGCACGGCCUUGUCUCUCUCCCAGCUUUUGUCCACUGUGUCAGAGAGAGGAGGGAACCCUGCUGCCUACAGAGAGCAGACGGCUUCCCUGGCGAAACGUUUCCUGAGCCAAGACUGGGUGACAGCCAGUGGAGAGAAGGAGCGAGGGAACAAAUUCAAUGAAGCACUUCACGCUCUCCUAAGCAUCUACCUGGAGCACGUUGAUGAUGUUCUGAAGGCAGUGGAGGAGAUAGCUGGAGAAGGAAUCCCUGAGCUCCUCAAUGCAUCCAAAGAUGAGAGCUCUUCAUCAUGGCCCACUCUCAGCAGGCAGACGUUCCUGGUGUUCUACAAAGUGUUGAUGGCAGAGCUGGAGAAGGCCAUCAGGAAGAUUCCUGCUUGCAAAGCCAGUGACAGCACUGAGGCUCAGAGUGAGAAGCUGCUGACAUGGAACCUGGCUGUCAGGGAUUUUCAUAUCCUGGUCAACCUGGUUAAGGUGUUUGAUUCCAGGCCGGUGCUCAAUGUGUGCCUAAAGUAUGGCCGCCUUUUCCUGGAGUCUUUCCUGAAGUUGGGGAUGCCACUACUGGACAACAGUUUCAAAAGGCACAUGGAGGAUGUCCAGGGCUUGCUAAAAACCUUCCAGCUCAGCACCCGGCAGCUCCAUCACAUGUGUGGACAUUCGAAGAUUCACCAGGAUACAAGCCUGACCAACCACGUGCCAGCCUUAAAGAAGAGCCUGGAGCUGUUUGUUUACAGAGUGAAGGCCAUGCUGACGCUCCACAACUGUCAGGAGGCAUUUUGGAUUGGCAACCUGAAGAAUCGCAACCUGAAGGGUGAAGAGAUUCUUUCUCAGAGGUCACAAGAAAGUGAGGAUGAGGAAGAGGAGGAGGAGCAAAAUGCACCGCUGCCUGAGGACCAGUCAGAUGAUGAGGCCCAGGAGACAGACUCUGAGCAGAGUACGAAGGUCCAGAGAGGAGAGGACGUGGAUCAAGAUGACAUUACAGAUGAUUCUGACUGACAGAAAGAUUAACAGUUGAUUGUCAUUUUAAACUUUUGCUUCUGGGUCAGACCCCCAUUUUUGGAUCACCUUUUGACGUUUCAGAUGCCGGUUGCCUUUUUAUGUUAAAUGUAUUGAAUACUGCUACUCAAUGGGCUGGCAUAGGAUCAAAUAUAUUAAUUUUUAUCACAGGUCUUGUAUCCUACUUUAUAUGGCAAUAACACUGCACGCACAUUUAAAAAUUGUCAUGAGAUGCAUUGAUGAACUUCCACAGACUUUCCUUUCUGUUGAAGAUAAAACAUGCCUAAUAAUUAGGUGUUUUCACAGCAGGUCGGGUUCUGAAAAAAAGAGAUGUAUGCUUUAUUGUAUUUGUUUGCUGACAGAAUAAAUAAAGAUUGUUGAGAGAUGAGA